UUCAGUGGGAAUCUACUAGGGGCGACCAUUCAGCUUCUCGAGGAGACCUCGCUUACGCAGCUACCGUCCGGUAAGCUAGGGUCGUCCAAGCUAGAGCCCGUGUUGACUAUCGAGCCGCCCAAACUCUCCGAUCGACGCCAUCAUCAAGUGUGACCGCACCGUCGUACACAAAUGCCUUGCGAUGAAAGUCGAUCCCAACGCCCAACUGGAACAGGUCGGAACGUCUCCGGUUCACCAGGCCCUGGAUACGGUAGAGGCGUCGCUGGCUUGCGAUAAUGUUGCGGCCGCGCGGGCGUCGACAUCCAUUGUGACGGAUCUGGUCAUCGCAGGCGCCGAUCUCCACGAGCUAGAUGAGCAUGGCCGAACUCCUCUCAUCCGCGCCGCCAUGAACGAGAUGCCUAGCUUCUUGGUCUCCUUAAUGUUGGAAUUUGGCUCGUCGGCAAACGCCAGAGACAGGCAGAAGAAUACUGCACUCCACCACGCGGCGACUCGGGCCCUCUCGGACGAGACGGCAAACCUUGACACCAUCCAGGUCUUGGUAGUCCACGGUGCUGACCAGAGCCUGAGGAACAGGAGGGGACGUACACCGCUGCACGAGGCGAUCUCAUUCGGACGGCUCCAGUGUGCCCAGAUGUUACUAGAUUAUGGCGCGAACCUUGAGACUACCGACAGCAAUGGCUGGACGCCGUUAUUCGGGGCCGUCGUUCAGGGGAGUGCGGUGUUGACGAAGUUGAUGUGCGAUCGCGGCGCCGUCGUCGAUAAGAAGGACAGGAGUGGGCAGACGGCCCUUCGCUACGCCAUCUCUCAGGGAUGCGGCGAAGUUGCUGAAGCCUUGCUAGAGGCCGGGGCCGAUGUGAACCUAGUCACCAAAGGCGAAACGCCUCUAUGCCAAGCAACUUCCAAGUCUAACCUGUCGCUUCUCGAGCUUCUCCUGGCACGGGACGCCGACGUCUCAUUGCCAUCGCCGAGUUAUUGCGACGCCCUGCCGAUACACAUCGCGGCUAUGGGGAGGGACCCGGCUAUCCUGGAGGUGCUUUUGCGGGCGGGAUCCCCUAUCAACGCGAGAGAUGCCGAAGGACGGACACCGUUGAGGUGGGCGAUCAACGAUGGGGGGGGCGAGAUGGUACAUUUUCUCUUCAGCAAGGGCGCAGCAAAGUGACGCAUCCCUUAGGUUAGGUACCUACCUCUACUACUACGUAUAGGUACUUUAGGAGGUUUAGGUAGGUAGGUACCUAGGUAUAACUAUCAGUAUGUUAGGCACCCAAGGAACUGGCACAUAGGAGGUCAGGAGGCAGUUUAGGCGAUCUACGCCUAUGUUUGUAGGCGGUGUCCGUCGA